AUGGCGACAUGGGAGGAUAACCCCGCAGUAUUGAACGAGCUACUGGACAUUCUACGGGAAUUCUCCGUCCCAGACACGAAAAUCCAGAGAGUGGUGCAACAGAGAUGGUCCAAUUUCGAAUCUACACAUCAAGAUGCUCCUCUUUAUCUCCUUAAAGUGUCCAUCACAACCAAUGUAGCCCAAGUAUCCCAACUUUCAACUUUGCUACUACGUAGAUCGAUUGAAAGGGCUAGUCUGUUGCCUGAUUGGAUAAAGGAUGUCCUCAAGAAUGGCCUACUUGAAGCAAUUAUGUCGCCCAGUAAGGAGUUAAGAGAUGCGGCUUCAGCGGCACUUUGUUCAUUAUACACCCAUGAAGGGUACCACAAAUGGCCCCAAUUGCCUCUAGCGCUAUUUAAUCUUAUUAUAUGUGACAACAAUACGACGGCUUCUCUAGGAGCGGCGAGGGCUCUGUAUGAUAUUUGCCUGGAACUAGUAAAUAAGGAUUCUGAAUUUGCCCAGUUCGCAAUUUCGCAGCUGUUGCCACAAAUUAAUAGUUGUGCAGUUGAGAAUUUGGUUGCUAGGAAUUUUUUUGGAAAACUAGUAUGUUUGCUUUGUGAAGCUAGUGAUAUAAUUUGGACCGUGUAUUUCCAGAUUAUUUGGCAAUACGCGAUUGAAAGUAUGCAAACAGUUGCUAAAAUAAAUAUCAGUGACCAUUUGGCCAGUGAAUUGUGUGUAUCCGUUAUGAAAAUAGUCAAUGAAUCGUGGCAGCAUCAUCCAGAAGUAAUAAUUUCAUCUAUUGAUACUAUUAUUAUGUUUAUAUUGCAUACCCCUGAGUUGCUGAUUAGACACAACGUUCAAAGUGAAAAAGUCUCUGGGUUUCAGAUUGAAUCGAUUGAUUUUUUCCCCAGAGUUUUGCGCGCCAAUAAACACAGUGACAGGGCAAGAUCGGCAAUUGUGGGAGCAAUUGAAUCACACUUGAAGCAUAUAAUUCCAUACCUUGUCAAUCUCACUCAAUAUAGCGAGUUUGACUAUAUGUCAAUGGAUCACUCACAAUUGGAAAAUGAUAAUAGCGCAGUUCCCGAUAGGGAGCAAGAUAUCAAUAUUAGAUACAAACAAGAUGCUUCGCCUGAUGACAUGAGUGGCAUAGAAGACGAUUUUCAGGGAAAUGUCGGCAGUACUUGGGGGUCGAUUUGGACAAAACGCAAGGCGGCAGCAUUGGCUAUUGAUCAUUUGGCUGUGUCAUUUGGCCCACGGCUUCUUGAUGACAUUCUUAAAAUCAUAGAACAAAGAUUGUCUGAUAAUAAUUGGGAAAUAGCGGAAUCUGCCGUGUUGACCCUAGGUGCAAUAGCCCGUGGUUGCUCUAAUGGCUUGGCGCCAUUUCUUCCAAAGGUCUUGCCAUACCUGUUCGAACUAUCCAAGCACGAAAACCCACUAAUGAGAUCAAUUGCCUGUUGGUGUGUGGCCCGAUUUUCUUCAUGGGCUUCCCAACCCGAAAAUUGCAAUUACUGGACAAAUAGGCUCAUUUCAGUUUUGUUGGAUCGAGUAUUGGACAAUAAUAAGCGGGUUCAGGAGGCAGCAUGUUCGGCAUUGGCCACUCUCAUUGAAGAAUCAUACGACCAAAUAACGCUACAUUUUGAAUCAAUAUGCACUGUUAUAGACAAGGCAUUUAGGUCAUAUCAGUACACAAAUUCACUGCUUCUAUACGACAUACUGAGUGAAAUGAUAGAGGCGGAGGAACGCUGCCACUUGGAAAGUUAUUCAGAUGAUAAAUUGCAUAAUGACCAGUGGAAAGGCUUUUCUUUGAGAAAUUUUAUAUAUAUCCGACUAAGCAACGAUUGGAACGAGACACUAAAGUCCAGCAACCAUAUAUCUACACUGUGUAUGGCCAAGUAUGUCGCCAUCACUGAUUGUACAUCAAUAAUACUCCGUUCUGAACGAAAUAAUGUUGAUAUGCAUAUAUUUAGUCCAAAUAAUGCUUUAAAGGUUGUUCACAUGAUAUUUGUGAUGGAUAGUGACAGUAACUUGCCAGCGGGUAUAUACGAAUCAUCGUUUAAUGUAUUAUCGGCGAUCGUUGAGUUUUAUGGUGUUGAGAUUGCCCAAACUAUAGAAUCUCUGCCAGAUUUUGUGCCCCUGGUUAUUCAGAGUAUAAGCAACUGUAAUGGAUCGGCUCUUUCUGCGGGAUUGGCUCUGAUAGGUGAUUUGUCUUUCAAGUUAUCAUCAUUACUGGUGCCACAUAUACAGAUGAUCUUGAACAUUUCAUGCGGGGCAUUAGAUACGUAUGUGGAUAAAUUGAAUAGGAAAGUGUCUACUCAGUCAUUAUUUCCAAUAGUAAACAACUCUACAUGGGCAAUAGGAGUACUGUGCGAUUGUAUAUCUGUGCGGCAAAAUACAAUUCUUGCCUAUGCAUUUUCUCCACACAUGAACCAGGUGUUCAACUCUUUGAGCGUGGGAUUGCGAUGUAAAAACAGCAUAGCAUCGAGUGGUUCUGCCACUGCGCUGGGAAAAUUCGCUAAAUCAUUCCCAGACUUUAUGAAAAAUGCCAUUUUUACCAUAUUGGGCAUCUGGUCCACUGUGGCCCUUAGCCUCAAGAACCCAUGCGACAAAGACUCGGUGACUUUGGCAAUUUGCGAGGCCAUUGAACCUGCUAACAUCGCACAUAUUGACCUAAACGACCUAAGUUGUGUAAUACGAUUACUCGCAUCCGUUAGUAACCAAGAUUCUAAUGCUACUGUCGCUAAUAGGGUGUUGCAGCGUAUCAAAGAUUCACUGUCAGCUGAGGAAUGGAGUUUUAUCACGCGUUAG